UUGACGGAGGUUCUUGUGGCUGGACCAUCACAACGCUGCGUCGGCUGCUUGCUACACACGCAUGUAGGCUAAUAUUUCGGUGAAUUUUGGAAAUAUACGGAGGAAAAAAGCACGCUGUGAAUUUUGCAUGUCAGGAGCGGAGAACUGUGUCGCCGGUCAACGGCUCUUUUCUGUUUUGGAUCGUUUUUUCCCUAUGACAUACUAAUUAUUCGCAGGCAUGUGGAAUUGUACAAGGAUUACGAAUUGCCUCUCAAUACUGUGCCUCCUAUUGACGAUAUGGACGGAGGUGUCCAAGUGCUCUGGCUAUUUUGAGCUGCAACUGAUUACCGUUCAGAAUGUGAACGGUGAGUUGUCGGACGGGGAAUGCUGCGACGGCACAAGGAACUCACAGGAUCUGCGCUGUAGUCGGGACGAGUGUGAUACUUACUUAAAAAUUUGCUUAAAGGAGUACCAAACCGAGGUCACAACCACUGGCUCUUGCACCUACGGAGUUGGAUCUACACACGUUCUUGGUGGAAAUAUUUUUUCUUUUAAGAAUACGAAGAAUAACCAAAACAAAAUCAACGAUGCUGGCAAGGUUCUCAUCUCUUUUCAGUACGCAUGGCCGCGGGCGUACUCCCUCAUCGUGGAGGCCUGGGACUGGGACAACUCCACCCGCAACAAUGACGAGGAGCUGCUGAUUGAGCGGAGCAUCCACACAGGCAUGAUCAACCCUGGCGACCACUGGCAGACCAUCCAGCACGAUGGGCCCGUGGCGCGCCUCGAGUACCGCAUCCGUCUCAAGUGUGAUGAGAACUACUACGGCAGCAAGUGCAACAAGCAGUGCCGGCCACGUGACGACUACUUCGGCCACUACCGCUGCGAGCAGUCCGGCAACCGCGUGUGCCUGGAGGGCUGGAUGGGCGAAGACUGCCAGACGGCGAUCUGCAAGCAAGGCUGCAACCUGUUACAUGGAGACUGCUCAGUCCCGGGGGAAUGCAAGUGCAACUAUGGCUGGCAGGGCCAGUUCUGUGACGAGUGUGUCCCCUACCCAGGCUGUGUUCACGGGACCUGUGUCAUACCCUGGCAAUGUAGCUGUGAGCGCAACUGGGGAGGCCUGCUGUGUGAUAAAGAUCUGAAUUACUGUGGCAGACACCAGCCGUGCGUGAACGGCGGCACCUGCAUGAACACUGAGCCGGAUGAGUAUCGUUGUGCCUGUCCCGACGGCUACUCUGGCAAGACCUGCGAGAUAGCUGAGCACGCCUGUGUGUCCGACCCGUGUGCCAACAGCGGCACGUGCCACGAGGUCCCUUCUGGUUUCGAGUGCCACUGCCCUCCGGGGUGGGAGGGGCCCACCUGCGCCAACGACAUGGACGAAUGUGCGUCCAGUCCUUGUGCCCAGGGCGGGACAUGCAUCGAUCUGGAGAACGGCUUUGAGUGUGUGUGCCCCGCACAAUGGGGUGGGAAGACCUGCCAGAUCGAUGCGAAUGAGUGUGUGGGGAAACCGUGUGUAAACGCUUACUCUUGCAAAAACUUAAUUGGCGGAUAUCACUGCGACUGCUUUCAAGGAUGGUCUGGACAAAACUGUGACAUCAAUGUCAAGGGCUGCCACGGCCAAUGUCAGAAUGGAGCGACGUGUAAGGAAGGGUCCAGGGGGUACCUCUGUCAGUGCCCGUCAGGCUUUGUGGGCACGCACUGCGAGAUCCAGCGGAACAGGUGUGCCAGUGGGCCCUGCCAGAACGGUGGGCGCUGCCACAGAGUUUUGGACGGCUUUGUGUGCGAGUGCCCGACCAAGUUCUCCGGGGAACUGUGUGAGGUCCCAGGUUGGUCUCCUUCAGACCCGUGUGAGCCAACCCCCUGUGAGAACGAGGCUCCGUGCCACGCCCUAACGGGUGACUUUUACUGCGCCUGUCCCGAUGGCUACGAUGGCAAGACCUGUGCCCACCUCAGGGACCACUGCAGGACCACCCCCUGCCAAGUAAUUGACAGCUGCACCAUUGUCGUGGCGACCAAUGACUCCACGGGCAAGGGUGGCUUUCGUCACAUCUCGUCCAACGUGUGUGGCCCCCGGGGACGCUGUAUCAGCCAGCCCCGCGGCAACUUCACCUGCUCCUGUGACUCCGGCUUCAGCGGCACCUAUUGCCAUGAAAACGUUAACGACUGUGUGAGUAGCCCGUGUCGGAACGGAGGCACCUGCAUCGAUGGGGUCAACUCCUUCCAGUGCUUUUGUCCUGAUGGGUGGGAGGGCCGGCUCUGUGACCUUAAUGUGAACGAGUGCAACCGUAACCCGUGUAAGAAUGGUGGCUUCUGUGUGGAUCUGGUCAACGACUUCUACUGCGAGUGUACCAACAACUGGAAGGGCAAGACCUGCCACUCCCGUGAGAGUCAGUGUGACGCCAACACCUGCAGUAACGGGGGCACAUGCUAUGACCACGGGGACGCUUUCCGCUGUGCCUGCCCCCCUGGGAGGGGCGGCAGUACCUGUAACACAGCCAAGACCAGCAUGUGUGUGUCCAGCCCCUGCUCCAACGGAGGCACCUGUGUGGGAGGUGGCGACUCCUUCACCUGCAUCUGCAAAGAGGGCUGGGAGGGACCCACCUGCUCCCAAAACACCAACGACUGUAACCCUCACCCCUGCUACAACGGUGGUAUCUGUGUGGACGGUGUCAACUGGUUUCGAUGCGAGUGUGCCCCCGGGUUCGCCGGACCGGACUGUCGAAUCAAUAUAGAUGAGUGCCAGUCGUCUCCCUGCGCGUACGGUGCCACCUGCGUGGAUGAGAUCAACGGCUUCCGCUGCGUCUGCCCACUGGGGCGAACUGGCCCCCAGUGCCAAGAGUUUAUCGGUAUCGGGAAGAGCUGCCACUAUGCCGGCCUGCAGUUCCUUCAUGGCAGUCGCUGGGAAGAGGAGUGCAACAACUGCCACUGUGUCGAUGGCAAAGUGGAGUGUACCAAGGUCCUCUGCGGACGGCGGCUGUGCCUUCUCCCAGGGUCACCAAAGUCAACGGGUGAGGAAUGUGCCCAGGCGGGCCCAGGUGGGCGCGAGUGCCAGGAGCACAGCUACCUCGCCUGCUUCUCGCCCCCCUGCCAUCGUUGGGGGGUGUGCUCGUCCUCCUCCGGCAGUGGUGAGCCCGCACCCCAUGACCACACCAAGUGCCAGCCCAACAGUGGACACCUGGACAACAGCUGUGCGCGCAUCACGCUCAUCUUCAACCGGGCCCAAGUGCCAGUGGGCACGACGGUGGAGAACAUCUGUUCAGAGCUGAGAUACCUGCCUGCCACCCGAUCCCUGGCCAAAGACCACGCCCUCCUUGUGCUCUGUGACCUCUCCUACACCAAUCAGGAUGCUGUAGAAGUUGCCAUAUCGUUCCAGCCGGAUGAGCAGCCUGACCACAGUCUGAUCCAAGAGGCGGCCAGCACCAUUGUGGGCACGUUGUCUAAGCGUCACAACAGCACAGUCAUGCUGGCUGUCAUUGAGGUCAAAGUGGAAACGCAGGUCAUGCCCCCCACAGUGGACUACCUUGUGCCCAUUCUGUGUGUGGUCUUCUGUGUACUCUGGCUCUUCUGCAUCAUUGUGUGCGUGUGGUGGACACGCAAGCGGAGAAAAGAGCGCGAGAGGAGGGUGCGCAGCCCCAUCGACGAGAGCGUCAACAACCAGUGGGAGCCCCUGCGGCCCGUUGGAGGACGUCAACAACAACCACAGCUCAAAGACAACAAUGAGGCCCAACAGGAGCGCAAAAGGCUCAUGGGCUCCCCCUACAGGAUGCGUGAUGGAGGGGAGGAAGAGGAGGAGGAGACAGAGGGAGAGAUGGAGUUUGAGGAGGAGGACGUAGAAGCGGAAGCAGGCAAGGGGCCCGUUUGUAAGUACUCUAAAACCGGCGUGCAGUCCAAAGGGGAUGUGAUCUGCACUUUGCGGAGUUUGCCAUUAAAAACACCCAUCCGGACCACCACCAAAGACAACUGGAAAAAUGUCAACGCCUCCCUGGCUGGCCAAGACGUCAAAGACCAUUUUGUAUGAACAAACAGGACUCUGAAACGGACUCACUCCACAGCCCCGACCGAGGAAAGAUGGGGAGGAUCCUAUAUAUUGUACUAUUAAAAGAGCGGCUUUUCAGUUAUUUUGCUGUCGUCUGUAAUGAUUUGUUUUUGG